ACGGUCGCAGAGGCGGGGCCGGAGGCCGCUGAGCCGGCGGGGCUGGACGCGCUGCUGGAGGGCGGCGGAGGCUGAGUAAGAUGAAGAUCCAGUUUCAGAUGUGAGAGUCACUGAGUGAUCAUUUCAUUGAGAUCAACUUGAAUGACCAGGUGAAAAGUGCAAGAGGAAUGUGCUAUGACUGAGGCAACUCACAAUUUUUUAUUGCCAACCUCUACUUCCUUUGACUCUACAAAGAAAAUUGUAUCUACAGCAGCCCCUAAAGCCCGGGAGUCCAGCAAAUCAUCAGACAGACUCAUGACUGAAAAACAGCGGGAAGAAGCAGAAUGGGAAAGCGUAAACGUGCUGUUGCUGAUGCAUGGCUUAAAACCUUUAUCUCUAGUCAGAAGAACAGAUACGAAAGAUCUCAUCAUUUUUGACAAACAGUCAUCACAAAGGAUGAGGGAGAAUUUAAAAACUUUGAUGGAAGAAACAUCACGUCAACAGAACAUGAUCCGGGAGCUCAUAGAAACUAAUAAGCAGCUUAAAAAUGAACUUCAGCUACAACACAGCCGAGCCGCAGAUCAGGAACAACGAGCUAAUGACUUGGAACAAAUUAUGGAGAGUGUGAAAUCCAAAAUUGGUGAAAUGGAGGAUGAAUCCCUAAAUAGGGUUUGCCAGCAACAGAAUAAAAUGAAAGAACUUCAAAAGGAGCAUAAAGCUUUACAGGCAAAAUGUGAGCAUUAUAAGAAAAAACGAAUGGAGCAACAAGAGACUAUUGCUUCUUUGCAGAAGGAUAUCUCUAGAUUAACAAAGGAGGACGAAGAGCGCAUCACCACUCAAAACAGAGUGUUCUCCUAUCUCUGCAAGAGAGUUCCUCAUACCAUCUUGGAUAGACAGUUGCUUUGCCUGAUUGAUUACUAUGAAUCUAAAAUUAGAAAAUUUCGUAAACAAAGGCAAUGUAAAGAAGAUGAAAGUCAGUCAGAAGAAGACUACAGAAGUCUGAGUGCUUCACCCCCUUAUAAAGGCCUUCUAAUGUCAUUACAGAAUCAACUCAAGGAAUCGACAUCUAAGAUAGAUGCACUUUUAAGUGAAAAGCUGAAUCUCCAAAAAGAUUUGGAAACCAGGCCCACACAGCAUGAAUUAAGACUUUAUAAACAACAGGUGAAGAAGCUGGAGAAAGCCCUUAAGAAAAGCAUCAAAUUACAGGAUCUUAUCAGUCAAAAAAAGGCUGAAGACAAAGAGGGAAAAGAUGAGCCCAGCAAAGAUAACCAGCAGCAGACCCUAAUUGACCAGAGAUACUUUCAGGUAUUAAGGAGCAUCAAUUCAAUUAUUCACAAUCCAAGAGCUCCAGUAAUAAUUUAUAAACAGAGCAAAGGAGGAGCCCAACAUUUUAAUAAAGAUCUUGUUCAAGAUUGUGGAUUUGAGCAUCUUGUUCCUAUAAUAGAAAUGUGGGCAGAUCAACUGGCUUCCUUAAAGGAUUUGUAUAAGUCCUUGAAAAUACUAUCUGCAGAACUGGUGCCUUGGCAUAAUUUAAAGAAGCAGGAUGAAAAUGAAGGUGUCAAAGUUGAAGAUUUGUUGUUUAUAGUAGAUACCAUGUUAGAAGAAGUGGAAAAUAAGGAAAAGGACAGCAAUAUGCCAGACUUUCAAAUGUUGCAAGCUAUUGUUUCUCACUUCCAAAAAUUAUUUGAUGUGCCUUCUUUAACUGGAGUCUAUCCCCGAAUGAAUGAAGUUUAUACUAGGCUUGGAGAAGUGAACAAUGCUGUGAGAAACCUCCAGGAACUCUUAGAACUAGAUAGUUCAUCCUCAUUGUGUGUGCUGGUGAGCACAGUUGGAAAAUUGUGUAGGCUGGUUAAUGAACACGUGAAUGAACAGGUUAUGCAGGUAUUGGGACCUGAAGACCUCCAAAGAUUUUAUACUGCAACAUAUGUUCUGCAAGUUUUCCAAGAAGAACCCUUACCAGACACUUGAGUUUUCUGAUACUUGAUGCUUUUAAAAAGAAUGUAUGUCUCACUAUUGGUCUUUUUCUCCUUCCCACAGUUUUACUGAUUACUGAUACUUAUUCUUAAUGUUUAAUAGAAUACAGGAUAUAAAAGCCAAUUCUUUUAAGAAAAUGUUAUAAAAGCAUGGUCUCUUAAGAAUCCUCAAGCUAAAUUGAAAGUUCCUAUAUUAGGAAUGUUAUAUAGAUUUAACUUUAGAACAGAUGAUUACACUGAUAAUAUAUAUAUUUUUUAGAGAAGUGUUACUAGAUGAACAAAGAGCUGAAAAAGGACGGAAUGCAGUAAAUGGUCAUUAAACUUAUAUUUAAAUUAGCAGGACAAUUUCUUUCCAUUUUGAAAUGUUCUAUGUCCAGUGAGAUGCAAGUUGGAAAUUCAGUGUAAACUGCAUUUUUUUUUUAAAGCAUUAUCAACAAAUUGGAAGAACAUGAGGAAUUUUUCCCAGCAUUUCAGGCAUUUACUAAUGAUCUACUUGAAAUC